AAGAGAAAGCUCUUUGAAGGGCUUUCCCAGAGAAUCCAGGACAAUCACCUUGUGAUAUAUCAGCUAAUGGGAUAAACUUGAUUAUAUACCUUUUUCCAUGUGAUGCAGUAUCUCCAUAGGCAUGAUGAAAGCAAAGGUCAUGAAGGCCUUAAUACUAUCUACUAGAGGGAGGUUUGGGGGAAAUAAAAAUCAUAACAAAGAGAAAUAAUUGUGCAACUGAAACAGGUAGGAAUGACAAGAAUGAAAACAUUAGAACAGAAAAGAAAAGCAUGGACAUCCUUAGACAAGGUUAGCAGUUUUCAGUAUUCCUGAUGAAGUGAUGCUUUACCUUAAACCAUCCCUGGGUCAGGAAGAUCCCCUGAAGGAGGAAAUGGCAACCCACUCCAGUAUUCUUGUCUGGAGAAUCCCAUGGACAGAGGAGCCUGGCAGGCUACAGCCCAUAGGAUCGUAAGAGUUGGACACAACUUAGCAACUAAACCACCACCACCAUAUAUAGGAUGAGAAAAAUCCAGUCUGAAAACAACAUGUGCCAAAGGAUUUGGAGGAGUUGAUGCCACCUGCAGAUGGAACCAAAGAUGAGAAAAUUUGUGAUACAUUCCAGGUGCUGAAAGGGGCAAGUGAGGUAAAUAGGGAACAAAGGGAAUUAUGACUUGAUAUGAGGCCUGAUUAGGUAAGCAGGGACCAUAUUACUAAUGGAAAGAUAUGUGCACUCUGUUCUAAGUGUAAAGUAUAAAAGGAGGUGGGGAAUGAAAUUUCAUCUAUACCAGAAACAUGUUUGAAAUGUUAAAAAAAAUAUUAGUUCCCAGGAAUGUUCCCUGUGUGUUUUGAUUCAUGGGGUCUGUGAUGGUGCUUGAGUAUCAGUUUUUUAACAGGCUCUUCAGAGAUUCUCAUCCAUAUCUAAGUAUCAGAAAUGAAACCUUUGUUGCUAAUCACCAGCCUUUCUAUUUUUACAUACUCUCAUUCUUCAUUCCUCUUUGACCUUUUUUAAAAUUUUCAUAACAGUAUUUUAGUAUUAUCUAGUUUACUUAUUUUUAAUGGAUACUCUUUUCAAUUUGUUCCUUCCAUUGAAAUCCAAUUUUUCUCCUAUAGGAAAAUAUAAUAUUUGGGAAUUUUUGUUUUCUUUCAGAUUUUUCCAUUGAAGGAUGAAAUAAUCAGCUAUAAAGAAAUUCUCACCUAUUAAAAAAAUGUGCAUCUUUUGCUCUGCAUCAGAGAAAUUUUAAUAGAGGGAAAUGAAGUGAAUGUCAGGAAUAUGGGGAGAGUUUUUGUCAAGUUUCAAAGCAUGUUCAACAUGAGAGAACAUGUUCUAGUGGAAAAACCUACCAGUGUAAAGAAUGUGGAGAGAACUUUAGCAAUGGACAUCAGCUCACUGUACAUCAGAGGUUGCAUGUUGGUGAGAAAUCCUAAAAAUGUAAGGAAUGUGGGAAAGCCUUUAUCAGAGGCUCAGCCUUUGUUAAGCAUGGAAGAACUCAUACUGGUGAGAAACCAAAUGCAUGUAAGGAAUGUGAGACGACCUUUAGCAGUUGCCAUCAAUUUACUGUGCAUCAGAGUCUGUGUACUAGUGAGAAACCCUAUGAAUGUAGGGAAUGUGGAAAAGCUUUUUAUAGUAGCUCAUACCUUGUUCAAUAUCAAAGAACCCAUAACUGUGAGAAGCCCUAUGAAUGUAAAGAAUGAAAGGAAAACUUUCAUACUGCAUGGAAAGCUUAUUUGGCAUCAGAGUAUUCAAACUGGUGAAAAACCUUUUGUCUGUAAAGAAUGUGGAAAGGCCUUUAGUACCUUCUUAUACCUUGUUCAACAUCAGCGAAUUCAUAGUGAAAAACCCUAUAAAUGUAAAGAAUGUGGGAACACCUUUAGCACUAGCUCCCUGCCCCUUAUUAAACAUCAGAGAAUUCAUACAGGUGAGAAACCCUAUGAGUGUAAGGAAUGUGGGAAGGCCUUUACUGUGUAUGGACAGCUUACUUGACAUCAGAGUAUUCACACUGGUGAGAAACCCUUUGAAUGCAAGGAAUGUGGAAAGGCCUUUAGACUUAGUUCAUUUCUUAAUGCACAUCAGGGAAUUCAUGCAGGGGUUAAGCCCUAUGAAUGCAAAGAAUGUGGAAAAGGCUUUAGUCAAGCCUCAUACCUUGUUCAACAUGAAAGGCUUUAUACAGGUGAGAAACCCUAUGAGUGUAAGGAGGGUGGUAAGGACUUUGGUACUGGCUUAUAGCUGGUUCAGCAUCAGAGAAUUCAUACUGGUGAGAAUCUCUAUGAAUGUCAGGUGUGUGGCAAGGUUUUUAUUAGUUGCUAUCAACUUACUGUACAUCAGAGGGUUCAUACUAGUGAGAAACCCUCUGAGUGUAAGGAAUGUGGAAAGGCCUUUAGAGUAUAUGCACAUCUUAUACAACAACAGAAAAUUCACACUGAUGCAAAACCCUAUGAAUGUAAAACAUGCAAAGCUUUUAGUCAUGCCUCAUACAUUGCACAACAUGGGAGAAUCCAUACUGGUGAGAAACCCUAUGAGUAUAAGGAAUGUGGGAAGGCCUUUAGUUCUGGCUCUUACCUUGUUCAACACCAGAGAAUUCAUAGUGGUGAGAAAUGUUAUGAAUGUAACAAAUGUGACAAAGCCUUUACUGUGCAUGGACAACUUAUUGGACAUCAGAGCGUUCAUACAGGUGAGAAACCCUUUGAAUGUAAGGAAUGUGGAAACACCUUUAAACUUAAUUCAUUCCUUACUGAACAUCAGAGGAUACACACUGUUGAAAAACCUUUUAAAUGUAAAAAAUGCAGGAAGGCAUUUAGACAUAAAGGCCGUAAAGCACAUCAGAGAAAUCACAUGGCUGUCAAUCCCUAAGAAUUUAAGGAAUUUAAAAAGUUCUUUAUGUAUGGCUCAAAUGUUGUUUAGCAUCAGAGAAUUUGUGCUGGUGAGAAUCUUUUGAAUAUAAAAUAUGUUGGUAGGCUUUUAGAAAAUAUUCUUAUCUUUUAUUAGAGAAUUCAUGAUAUAUAAUUCAGAAAACGUAAGAAAGCCUUCACUUGUCAUUCCUGUGUUUAGAUUAUCAGAAUAUCAUCAUCAUACUGGUGGCCAAUUCAGAGAAAGUGGGAAACACUAUUAAUGCUCCUAAUAUUGAGAGCAUUUAUGACAUGUUCUAAUAUGAUUGAAUAAGUGAAUUAAAAAGCCUUCCAGUUGCUUUUAAAUCAUUUGGAACAUCAGAUAAUUCAUCCUAAUUUUUAAAAACCAGUUGGAGAAGACUCUUGAGAGUCCCUUGGACUGCAAGGAGAUCCAACCAGUCCAUCCUAAAGGAAAUCAGUCCUGAAUAUUCAUUGGAAGGACUGAUGCUGGAGCCAAAACUCCAAUACUUUGGCCACCUGAUGCAAAGAGCUGACUCAUUGGAAAAGACCCUGAUGCUGGGAAAGAUUGAAGGCAGAAGAGGACAACAGAGGGUGAGAUGGUUGGAUGGCAUCACUGACUCUAUGGACAUGAAUUUGAGUAAUCUCGGGGAGCUGGUGAUGGACAGAGAAGCCUGGCAUGCUGCAGUCCUUGGGGUCACAAAGAGUUGGACACAACUGAGUGACUGAACUGAACUUAACUGAAUAUGAUACAUAAUAGAAAGCCUUUAGCCAUGUCACACAUAAUAACUCUCAUCAUUGUCAUUCUACAUCUAACAACCUAUUUGAUACCAGGCACCAUAUUUUUCAUCUCAGGGCAUUGUUUUAAGAUGGUGAUGAUAAUAGAAUUUACAUACUUGUAAAAACAUAUUUUCAAUAUUUAUUAGUUUUAUUAUUAUUGUAGUUUUUAACUGGUAGUGAAAUUUUGAGAGUAAAACCCUACAGGUGUAAUUAAUUUAGAAAUGCCUGUCCCUCCAUGCAUCCAUUUCAGAAUGUUAGGUAAAUCUUCCUGGAUAAUACUUUGUAGAAAGAAAGAAACAUGAGACGACAUUAAUUUAGAACUCACCUCUUAAGUUGAAUCAAACAAUUCAUGAAAGACACCCAGCCUUUUAAUGUGUGUAAAGUUGUUGAGAAUAGCUUAUAGUCUGCAUUCUUUGUUCAAAACUUAGGAUAUGAUGGAAAUUAAUAGUACAAAGGAAAACUAAACUGUCCACUUGGAAAUUUCUUUUGCAACUUUUUUUAAAUGAAAAUUUCAACAUAGAGAAAAGUAGAAGGAAUAGUGAAAUUGCUGACAUCGUUGGUAACAUUUUAUUUUAUUUCUAUCUCCUUUUCUAAUUGUAUGUAGUUAUUUGUGCAUGUAAGAGGAAGCUGUAGACUUUGCCCCUGAAUAUUAAUCUUUUGCACUUAAACCCCACCUUUUUCUUGAAGGAUAUUGUUUACCAAAUGCCUCACUUUCUAUAUUUGCUUCCUCACACUGUCAUUUAACUUGUUCCUCAACUCCAGGUUUUUUCUAUAUUGUAAGUUAAAAAGAUUUCACUGGAUUCUGAAGAACACUUCCAAGGUAAUACUGCAUAUAUUUGCAAACACCUAAUAUCAGAGUUUUCCAUAAUUAGUAAUACUAAUUGCUAAACAACUGAUAGUAAUUAGUAAUACUAAUUAGAAGUGGUAGAGGUAAUCACUGCUGGAGUUUUCUAUCAUACAGUUCCUGUUUUGUAACUAGUGAUCUGAAUAGGGAUAUUUUUAACAUCUCCAUUUGGGAAGGGAUCACAUGUAUGUAUGUAUAAAUUUGAAAUUGUAUUCAUUGUAUUACAAUACAA